AUAAUUCACAAUAAUACAGUUGAAUAUCCUAAGGAAUUUUUUGUCAAUCAAUUGAUAAUUAAAGAGUUAAUUUCUAAUCUGUUUUGGGAUCCAAAAUUAAAACGAAUGUUUAUAAAAGAUGGGCAAGCUGAAUAGAUUUGAUAAUUAUAUAAACACUUACAAAUUCUGUUCUUCCAUUAUUGGACUGUGGCCCUAUCAGUUAUCGAAAGAAAAAGUAAUAUUACGUUUAGUUUGUUAUGUAACAUUAACAACAUUUAUAAUUCCAGCCAUAAUAGCUGCAUAUGAUGCAAGAAAUGAGUCUAUUAUAUUAGUGGAAUGCAUUCCAGCAUUAUUUACAGGAUUUGCUAGCUACGUUUGUGGUUUAUCUCUUAUGAUGAACAUGUCGAAGAUGAAAUUACUAACCGAUUGUAUGAAGAAUGAUUGGCAAUCAAAUCACAGUGAAGUCGAGUUCGACAUUAUAGGGAGAUGUACCCAAAGAGGAAAAUAUUUAGCAUUAUCGUUUGCAAUAUACGUGUACGUAACUGUAGCAGUUUACGUAAUGAUUCCAUUGAUGCCACAGUUUCUCGACAUUAUUUUACCGCUUAAUGGUUCAAGAUCAAAAUUUUACAUUUUUCAUGCCAACUACAUUUUUAUUGAAAAUGAUAAAUACUAUUAUUAUAUAUAUGUACAUUCAAUUCUCGGAACAUUCUUUUCCAUAACAAAUAUACUGUCUGCAGACAUUAGUUUUCUUUGCACUGUUCAACAUGCUUGUGGAAUGUUUCAACUUUUAGGAUAUAGAUUAAAAAACAUUUUAGAUAAAAGUUACAAUGCUAAUGAGCUUGAAGUUACUAAAGAUGAUGAAGUUACUAAAGAUGAUGAAGUUAACAAAAAAUUGAUUGGAUGCAUUCAACUAUACAACAGUAUACUUCAAUUUACAGAAAAUAUUCAAUACUGUUUUUCUAAUAUGUUUUUAUUUGUCAUUGGUCUGAAUAUGUUAAUGAUAAGUUUGCAAGGACUACAAAUCGUGCUGAAUCUAAAUAACAUUCCACUUCUUUUGAGACUCAGUGCCUUUUUUGCAGGACAAAUUAUUCAUUUAUACUUUAAUACAAUUCCUGGUCAAACAUUAAUAGAUGAAAGCUCUAAAGUUAGUGAGUAUUGUUACAAAUGUAAUUGGACAAACAUGAAAACUAAUUCUCAAAAACUUCUAUUAUUCAUGCUAUUAAGAGCCUCCCGCGCAUGUAAAAUUUCUGCUGGCAAACUUUAUAUAAUUUCAAUGGAAAACUUUAGUGCAGUUAUCAAGACGUCAUUUUCAUAUUUAAGUGUUUUGACUUCAGCAAUAGCUGCAUAUGAAGUAAGAAAUGAGUCUACUAUGUUGGUGGAAUGCAUCCCUCCAUUAUUUACAGGAAUUCUUAGCUACGUUUGUGGUUUAUCUCUUAUGAUGAACAUGUCGAAGAUUGUGCUGAAUCUAAAUAACAUUCCACUUCUUUUGAGACUCAGUGCCUUUUUUGCAGGACAAAUUAUUCAUUUAUACUUUAAUACAAUUCCUGGUCAAACAUUAAUAGAUGAAAGCUCUAAAGUUAGUGAGUAUUGGCAUAGACUAAAAUAUCUUGUAGAAAGAAACAAUAAUGUUAAUCAUUGUGAUAUUGACAAGGACAAUGAGAUCAAUAGGAAAUUAGUCAGAUGUAUUCAAAUGUACAAUAAUAUACUUAAAUUUACAGAAAAUAUUGAGCAUACAUUUUCUAAUAUGUUUUUAUUAAUCAUUGGUAUCAACAUGCUGAUGAUUAGUUUCCAAGGUGUACAGAUUAUACUGAACCUGAACAACUCACAAAUUCUCAUGAGAUUUGGAUCCUUUUUUAUAGGACAAAUAAUUCAUUUAUACUUCAAUACAAUUCCUGGACAAAUGUUGAUUGAUGAAAGCUCUAAAGUUAGUCAGUAUUGUUAUCAAUGCAAUUGGUCUGACAUGACAAUCAGAUCUCAAAGACUUCUAUUAUUUAUGCUAUUAAGAGCCUCUCGCGAAUGUAAAGUAUCAGCUGGGAAAAUUUACAUAAUUUCAAUGGAAAACUUUAGUUCAGUUAUCAAAACAUCCUUUUCUUACUUAAGUGUUUUAUCUUCAGCGCAAUAACAAAAAAAAUUAUUCUCCCAUUUGUAAUACCUUAAAAUUUGUUUUUUUAUACGUAAAUUAGUAUCAAGUUUAAUAAAUUAUGUACCUUAUUAAAAGA